AUGCCACCCUCAAAUGCUUUUUCAGAUGCAAAUAAGAGCUCCAUUCUGGCCUGGGUCGAAAUUUGCCACGAGAAUCCUGGAUUUCAUCAUCCUCCUGUUCCUCAGGGGCUGGAUGAGGCGACCAGUGAGCUCACGCAACCAUGGCACUGUCCGACAACAAUAAUACGCUCCGAAUUCGACGACCAGUUUUGGGGUGGUGCCCAUGUGCUCCGGAGGGGCUUUGAGCUCCAGAACGAACCUAUCCUCGUCGGCUACACGCCAGCGGUCCCGUCGUACCUUGUCCUGUUCUACGUGAGUGAUUGCCACCUCGCAUCUAUCGAGGAUGGCUCGGAAGGAUCGGAUGACGUGCAGCUUCAGUAUCCUUUCAGGCUGCUGCCAUGCAUCCUGCCCUCCUCGGAGAAGGAGCUUCCCGAUAUCGGGUGGAGUAUGGAUCAUCUUGGACGCAUUAACACAGCAUCUGGGCCGAUAAGUUCAGAUGUGUCGUGA